CAUUCCCGAAAUAGAUUCCCGCGUGCUCGCAUCUCCGAUCGGCGAAGAUCGAAGUCAGAUCCAACAUCCCCACCUCCACCGACCUCACGAAACGAACUUCUCCAGCUCCUCCUGAGGCCCCAGGCAUCGGGAAAGUAGAGACCAAUAUGAUGGGCGAGCCAGCACUCACCUGCUGGCUCCUAGACACGCGCAGCCUCUGGCCCGGCGAGCGCAUCGAAGACUCCGCUGCCGACGCCCUCCGCCUCGUCAGUCCCGAAGAACACGCCCACAUCACGCGCAAAUACCACAUGGCCGACGCGCGCAUGUCGCUCGCGUCCGCCCUCCUCAAGCGCCUCUUCGUGCACCUCUCCCUCCGCAUCCCGUGGGCCGAGAUCCGCUACGCGCGCAAAGGCGACCCCAAGCACGGCAAGCCGUGCGCCAUCCUGCCGGACGGCUCGCGCGCGCCGCUCGAGUUCAACAUCUCGCACCAGGCGGGCCUGGUCAGCCUGAUCGGGUGCAAGCGCGGCGACGUGGAGCUGGGGACGGACAUUGUGUGCGUGAACGAGCGCAACGAUUACCGGGUGAUUGACGAGGAGGGGUUUGAGGGGUGGGUGGAUAUGUACGCUGAGAUCUUUGGCGAGGAGGAGAGCUGGGAUAUGAAGUAUACGGUUGACUCGUUUAAGCUGCUGGAUGGGACGGUGGUCACGGCGGCGGAUAUUGGGCGCGGGGAUCGGUGUUGUGCGCGGGGGAGGGAGUUGAGGGCGAUGUUGGACACCGGGGAGGAGGUGGUGUUCUCGAGUGAUUUGCUGAUUGAGGCGAAGUUGAGAAGGUUUUAUACGUUUUGGUGCUAUAAGGAGGCGUUUAUUAAGUUGUCCGGGGAGGCGUUGUUGGCGAAGUGGUUGAAGGAGUUGGAGUUCAGGAAUGUAAGGAGUCCGGCGCCGGGGACGGUGGCGAGGUGCUCGACGCAUGGCACGUGGGGGGAAAGGGUGGGUGAUGUGGAGGUGUGGAUGCAUAGGAAGAGGUUGGGGGAUGUGAAGAUGGAAAUCCAGGCGUUUGAGGAGGAGUUUAUGGUGGCUGUGGCCAUUCAGCCGGCGAGCAAGUUGCCGGAGGGGGGGUUUCCGGGGUUUGUGGGGUUGGAUCUUCAGAGGGAUAUCUUGGAGGUUGCGAGGAGUUCUUAGGGGAGGUGGCUUAUUACGACUGGAACGGCAUAUGAGCGUAUGGUAAGCUAUCUUCGAAACUCGAUAACAUAUUUCGGCGUCGAAGGGAAGAGGUUUAAGGGAGAUACAUGAAGCUGAAAAACCAAUGCGAGAAAAGGAUAUCAACACCUGUAUAACGGUUGUAACUCGUAUUUUGACGAGAUCAGUAAUGGAAACACUUCAACAUAUCAUCGCGAUCGAGGACAUCAAAUUGUCUACAAUGGUCUGCGACUGUUCUAGGUGCUUGGAGGGAUAUAUGAACAUCAACCGU